AAUCGCAAUAAAAAUUAUGAAGUUCUCUGGUUCUAACGUUGGCAGCACUUAAAAAUGUCUAUGGCAACGACGGAAGGUGCUGUGGUGUUUAAAGUUUUUCGCCAAAAUGGAAAUGGAUUUAACAAAAAGAUGUCGCGCCUGUUUAAACGAAGAGCCCGAAAUGCAUUAUUUAUUCGCCGAGUUCGAUAAAGGCCUAACCUUGGCGGAAAUCCUGCAAAAUCUCAACUUCGAGGUUUGCGAAAACGAUGGUUUUCCGCCGCUUCUAUGCCAGAACUGCACUGUUAUUAUAAUUGACUUUUUUAACUUGAAGACGAUUUAUUUGGAGAAUGAGGGGCCUUUGAAAGCGAUGAUUAGUCAGGCGGAGAAACAUGAGGAAAUCCAGGAAUUUUGUGAAACAGAGUUAAAAGAGAAUAUAAAAAUUGAAGAAAAUUAUGAAGAAGAAGCUCUAAUUGAAGAAGCUUUAAUUGAAGAAGAAAAUGGUAAAAAUGAAGAAAAUAGUAGUAAUGAAGAAACGUUAAUGUUUGUUGUGGAAAAAAAUGAAGAAAUAAAAAAUAGUGAAUUUAAACAAAAAAACGCAGCAGGCGAUAUAGAAGAAAAACCUUACAGAAAAGAUGUAAACUUAAUUAAACCUUGGAUUUGUGAUAUUUGCGGAAGUAGCUUUAAAAAAAAAUCUGAUGUGGUAAGUCACUGUGAGGGACAUUCAACUGUGAGAAAAUACACUUGUCCCUACUGUGGAAAAACUUUUAAACGCCGCACAGUGCUAGUUAAACAUGUACGAAUACAUACAAACCCUGGUGAAUCAAUGUGUGAAUUAUGCGGUAGAGCCUUCAACCAUAAAGCUACAUUAAAAACACACAUAAAGCUUAUACAUGAAAAAUCGCGUAACUUUUUAUGUAAGCUCUGCGGACUAUCAUUUCCACUAAAAGCAACAUUGGAUAAACAUGUCUUACGACACAACCCAAACCGUAAGAAAAACUUCAAAUGCGAUCUCUGCUUUACAGCAUACACAGACAAAUCAAGUUUAAAAAGACACAAAAUCGUAACACACUCCAACAACAAAGUAAAAUGUGAAUGCGGAAAACAAUACACAACAGUUACAAAUUUACAAAAGCACAAAAGAAGACACCACCCUAGCUCCAACACAGAAGAAUUAAACAAACUUAUGAUAGGUUCAAAGUUAUAAGUUCAAGACCAUAGAGAAAGUCUAUGUUCAAGACUGUCUAAACCCUUAAAUAAUAAGAA